GAGGCAACAAGAUAACAGACAUUUGAAGCUGGGAGCUGAAGGUGUUCACGGCUCAGGAUGGAUAAAGGCUGCUGGAGACAGACCCUGGUCCUUGUGGUGGUCUUGGUCAGCACGUAUGCAGAAGCUUCCUGGCACAUGGAUGACUUCAUCACGGCGGUGAGGCAGGUGGAAGAUGCGGACCCUGGGUCACAGCCAGUAGCUGUGUUAAGGAGGCUGCGCCGGGCAGCCGGCCUUAACGAUCCAUUCAUUCAGCACUUUCUUGGUAAUGCUGACUCUGGUGGUCCUGAGGUGGACGCUAGCCUCUCAGUUUACAUUAGCAAGGCUAUGCAUCACAGGGUGACAGAAGACGCUAAAGAGGAAGGCGUGGUCCUGACCUCUGAUGGCACUACUGUUGCCCUGAUGCCGCUCCUCCUGGGCAUCGAAGCUGGUUUCCUCUCCAAGGCUGCGGGGCGUGUUCGUGGCCUGUACCAGCUCACUCUGGCCAAAGACAUGGACCUUUCAGUCAGGCACAGCUCUCCUCUCACCCAGUUUGUGGGACCUGACGGCUGCUGGGACAGUGUAACCUCUCCUAAAGUCUUCACCCUCUUGGACAGCCCCUCUGUGCUCACUACUGCUCAGAUCAACGGAGCCAUGGACGGCGCGGUUCUAGGGAUGGAGGUUUCAGACAAAUCCAGACGUCCUCUCAGGCUCAGCAGUCUGCUGACAGACUAUUACUGCCACCAGCUGGGGAGCGAAGGACUGGACGCCGCCCCGCGCCUUAUCAGCCGGGGUCGCAGGGAGAACUUCAGAAUGCUGGUCACCCCUCCUGUGCUGGUCAGACAGGUGGUGAAAUCAGUGGAGCUGCAGCGGAGACUGAAGGGGCGCCCAAAGAUGGAGGUGAAGGAGAAAAAGCAGCUGACGGCUGUGGUGAAAGAGGGAAUGAAAGAGUUUGUCCAUAAGUACACGGAUUGCCCGCCCAUCAUACCUCGUUGUAUGUGGGGUGCAGAGCCGUACAGAGGAACCCCCACCAACCUUUCUCUUCCUCUCUCCUUCAUGUACAUCCACCACACUCACACACCGGGCCUGCCCUGUCUGACCUUCGAGCAGUGCUCUGCAGACAUGCGCUCCAUGCAGCGCUUCCACCAGGUGGACAGAGGCUGGGAUGACAUAGGCUACAGCUUCGUCGCAGGCUCUGACGGGUACCUCUACGAGGGCCGAGGCUGGCACUGGCAAGGAGCCCACACCCUCGGACACAACUCCAUAGGCUACGGCGUUUCCUUCAUCGGAAACUACGUCAACAGUCUGCCCUCCCAGCAUUCCAUGGGGCUGGUGAGAGAUCAGCUGGCAUCCUGCGCUGUCGGUGGUGGGCGGCUAGUAGCCAACUUCACCCUGCAGGGGCACAGACAGGUGGUGAACACGUCCUGUCCCGGAGAUGCUCUCUAUAAUGAGAUCAAAGGCUGGGAACACUUUGGGGAGGUCAAAAAAGGAAAAUAAUAUGCUUGACAAGAGGAAGACCCUACUAAAUAAACCCAAACUUAACACAAUA